AGCACAGGCCUGAAGCCAAGACGCGACGCCACAACCUGAAAACGCGGUAUUGAAGCGUGUGUUCACGACGUUCGGUUUUUGGAGUAAAUUAAAACGUAGAGGUAGAAAAAUGGGUCUCCCACGAGUAUUUUUCGACAUGACCGCCGAUGGUCAGCCAGUGGGUCGUAUCGUCAUCGAGUUACGUUCAGACGUUGUCCCAAAAACUGCUGAGAAUUUCCGUGCCCUGUGCACCGGAGAGAAGGGCUUCGGCUACAAAGGCUCAAUAUUCCACAGAGUCAUCCCCAACUUCAUGUGCCAGGGCGGUGAUUUCACCGAGGGCAGUGGCAGGGGCGGAAAAUCAAUCUAUGGAAGGACCUUCGACGACGAGAACUUCCAGCUGAAGCACACAGGCCCUGGAAUUCUCUCGAUGGCCAAUGCUGGAAAGAACACGAAUGGCUCUCAGUUCUUCAUCACCACGGUCAAGACAUCCUGGUUGGACAAUGCUCACGUGGUCUUUGGAUCUGUUGUCGAGGGCAUGGACGUGGUUAAGCAGCUUGAGGGCCUCGGCUCACAGAGUGGCGCCACAUCCAAGAAAAUCGUCGUCGCUGACUGUGGACAGUUGUCUUAAUGAAAUGGAACAGAGUUAAUACUGCAUUUAAAUAAUUUUUCCUUUCGAUUAAGACUAUUUGAAUAAAAUAUUAAUUUUCCAGAAUCACAAUUUAUUUCAUUUGCUUAUGCAUGUGUCAGGAAUUGAGAAACUUUUCAAGAGGUUCUAACUUUACUAGACUAGUUUGAAAUUCUCGUCUGCGCACUGUACGGUGGGCAUACUCUUGGCCAGAAUUCUGGAAUAAAUUGAGUAAUAAGGUUGUUUGUUUCGUUAUCUCAAUUGCUUUUAAAUGCUUCAGUGGAUAUUAGUGAAUGAAAUUGUUGAUUCAAUAAAUCUAAGAUUCAACUCAUUGUAGUGACUAUUUCACGAUUGUCCUCUAAAUUGAGACUCGACGUAGUGUCAUCCAAGAAAAUUGUUAUUACUGAUUGGAGAUAAUUAUCUUGAUUAAUGAAAGGGAACCGAGUUAAAUACUGAAUUUAAAUAAUUUUUCCUUUCGAUUAAGUCUAUUUGAAUAAAAUAUUAAUUUUCCAAAAUCACAAUUUAUUUCAUUUGCUUAUGCAUGUGUCAGGAAUUGAAAAACUUUUCAAGAGGUUCUAACUUUACUAGACUGGUUUGAAAUUCUCGUCGGUGCACUGUACUCUUGGCCAGAAUUCUGGAAUAAAUUGAGUAAUAAGGUUGUUUGUUUCAUUAUCUCAAUUGAGCAAUUGCUUUUAAAUGGUUCAGUGGAAAUUAAUGAAUGAAAUUGUUGAUUCAAUAAAUCUAAGAUUCAACUCAUUGUAGUGACAAUUAUUUCACGAUUGUCAUCUAGAUUGAGACUCGACGUAGUGACACAUCCAAGAAAAUCGUCAUCGUGAUUGAAGACAAUUAUCUUAAUUAAAGGAAUGGAAUAGAGUUGAAUACUUCGUUAAACUUUUUUUUUGCAUGAAGACUAUUUCAAUAAGAUAUUAAUUUUUUAAAAUCACAAUUUAUUUAAUUUGCUUAUGUAUAUGUUACGGAUUGAAAAACGUUUUUUGAAGGGGUUCGAACUCUCUACUGGACUAUAAUUUGGAUUAUCAUCAAUUCCUAUUGAACAGGGAAUAUACUUUUGGCCGGAAUCCUGGAAUAAAUUAAACGAUAAUGUUAUUCAUUUAGUUAUCUCAAUUGCUGUUCAAUACUUCAGUGAAAAUUAGUGAAUGAAAUUGUUGAUUCAAUAAAUAUUCGAUUCAACUUUAUAUUGACAAUUAUUUCACGAUUGUCCUCUCGAUUGAACCUGUCGACGUAGUGUCACAUUCAAGAAAAUUGUUAUUACUGAUUGGAGAUAAUUAUCUUAACUGAUAGAAUGGGGCACAGAGUCGAAUACUGCAAUUGUGCAAUUUUCUCUUCGAAUAAGUCUAUUUCAAUAAAAUAUCAAUUUUACAGAAUCACAAUAUAAUUCAUUUGCUUAUCUAUACAUUAAGGAUUGAAAAACGUUUUUGAAGGGGUUCUAACUCUCUACUGGAUUGUAGUUUGUAUUUUGGUCGAUUCUUAUUGAACAGGGAAUAUACUCUUGGUCAGAAUCCUGAAAUAAAUUAAAUAAUAACGUUAUUCAUUGCAUUAUCUCAAUUCCUUUUAAAUUCUUCAGUAUAAAUUAGUGAAUAAAAUUGUUGAUUCAAUAAAUAUUUGAUUUAACUCA